AUGUCCUCAGAAGUCACCGUAACAGCUAUCCUGAACGUCAAGCCGGAGAAGAUAGACAAACACCACAUCCAUCUAACAACCUCCCAUACAAAAUCCUUCCUCGCCGAAUCCCUAGACCACAUCAGAGCAAACGAGCCUUACAUCCUAUCAUUCCGGGUGCUCGAAGUACCUCCUAGCGAGGAUGGCAAGCGGCAGAUAAUUCUUUGGGAAAGAUAUGAGAACCAGGCAGCGCUCGAAAAACACUGGAGCAGUCUAAAGUACCAGGAAAUGAUGUCCGAGAUGCAAGCGGAGGAUCUUCUGGUGGAGGGGCCUAUGAUCUUGCAAGCAAACGUUCUGGACGAGGUGAUGCGGGACUGA